AACCUUGAAUGCUGAAGUAGCAGCUCCAGAGGAAGUGUCUUAAUUUCCCACAUAGUGGAUGAAAGAUGAUCCUGACACCCUCCAAAAAAUAGUUUAGUGACUUGUAGAAGUCGGCUUUUUUUAAAAGAAGAAAAAUAAGAUGGAACUGAGUUGAAAUCCAAGAUGAAGUUUUUUCAGAGGGCUUAGUAAGUGAAAUCAUUAAGGGGCAAUUGUGAAUUGUUUGAAGUCAGCUACCUGGGAAUCCUGAACACACUGUUCCCAACCUCAAAGUCUCUGCAAGGCAUCAAGUUGUAUAAAGUAUGGGUUGCCUGAAGAAAUUUUCUUGUGUUUGUUUGUUUUUUAAUGCCAUCCUCGGCCCCCUAAACCCACUAGGUCUCAAGCACCCCGUAACCUGAUCCGAUGGACAUUUUAAUCAAAGGCAAAUUCCACGAAGUUCAGUUGAGCUGAGAGGAACGCGGACAGUACGGGAUCGCAGCCCUGGACGAAGCCUUAAUCUGAUCUGAUCUGCAGCCAGCAAUGAGUGACGCGUUUCCUCAGUCUUCGCCUCACUUACGACGGACCGGUGCUCCCAACUAACGAAGCAAGCGCCGGGUCGCUGUUACAGCUGCAGGUGUUUUUCUCUACCUGGAUCGUUACGGGGAUCACCCCCGCCGCCCUCGCCUCCUUAGGACCCACGUAGUCCGGUGUCCUCUCCCUGGGCGGCGUUUUCCCGCGUGAUCCCGCGAAAGUGGCAGCGGAGCAGCAGUGUCUCUGCCUCCUCCUCCCCUUUGCUUUCUUUUUGGUGCCCUCCGAGCUAAUCGGAGCACAAAGGGGCACAGGAGGGGCGGAGGCAGGCCGUCCCUCUCGGAUCACUAAUCCCGCGGACGGCGUAAACAAAUCCAGCGAAGGGGCGCGAAGAUGGCGAGGACCCGGGUGGCGGCAGCUCUCCUGACUUCUCGAACGGCGCCAGGCGCAGCGUUGGCAGGGGUCGUCCUGGCGCUCUGGUCCUGCUGCCACCCCGCGGGCUCCCUCUCGGCUUCUUCCCUGGACGCCGGGGAAAGGGCGCUUAGUCUCCACCCGCCUUAUUUCAACCUGGCGGAGGCAACCCGCAUUUGGGCAACUGCCACCUGCGGGCAGGACGAGAGCGGGAGGCCCCGCCUAGAGCUCUUCUGCAAGCUGGUGGGGGGACCCGCUGCGUCCCCCGCCGGACAAACCAUCCAGGGCCAGUUUUGUGACUAUUGCAAUGCUGCUGAUCCUCAUAAGGCUCAUCCAAUAGACUAUGCUAUAGAUGGAACAGAACGUUGGUGGCAAAGUCCUUCUCUCUCCUUGGGUUUGAAAUAUGAUGAAGUGAAUGUUACUUUGGAUCUAGGACAGUUGUUCCAUGUGGCCUAUGUCCUCAUCAAAUUUGCAAAUUCUCCUCGUCCAGAUUUGUGGGUAUUAGAGAGAUCAAUAGAUUUUGGAAGAACAUAUACACCAUGGCAAUAUUUUGCCUAUUCUAAGGCAGACUGUUGGGAACGUUUCAGAAAGGAAGCUAACAGCCCACUCAGAAAAGAUAAUGAUGUCAUUUGCACAACAGAAUAUUCUCGGAUAGUGCCUUUAGAAAAUGGAGAGAUUGUGAUAUCCUUGGUAAAUGGCCGUCCAGGAGCAAAUAAUUUCAGCCAUUCUUCCAUACUUAGAGAGUUUACUAAAGCCACAAAUAUUCGUUUACAUUUCCUCAGAACCAACACUCUUCUUGGACACUUGAUCUCUAAAGCUCAGCGGGAUCCAACUGUGACACGCAGAUACUACUACAGUAUAAAAGACAUCAGCAUUGGUGGACAAUGUGUUUGUCAUGGACAUGCUGAUGUGUGUGCUGCAAAAACUGACCCAGAUUCCUACAGGUACCAAUGUGAAUGUCAACACAAUACUUGUGGGGAAACCUGUAAUCGUUGCUGUCCAGGGUAUAAUCAGAAAACUUGGCAACCUGCAACAACCAGCAGCCCAAAUCUCUGUGAACCCUGCAACUGUCACGGCCAUGCUCUUGACUGCUAUUAUGAUCGUGAGGUUGAACGACGGAAAGAAAGCUUAAAUCUUCAUGGACAGUAUCAAGGGGGAGGAGUCUGCAUUGACUGUCAGCACAACACAGCUGGUAUAAAUUGUGAGAAAUGUUUAAAGGGAUACUAUCGUCCAUAUGGUGUUCCAGUCAUGGCAGUGCAUGGAUGUAUACCCUGCAGGUGUAGCCCUGAACAUUCCAAUGGCUGUGAAGAAGGAUCAGGUCAUUGUUAUUGUAAGCUGAAUUACCAGGGUGAAGCCUGUGAUCGGUGUGCUGAUGGAUACCAUAGUUUUCCCUUCUGUUACCCUACAACUCAGAAACCAGCAGUCCCUUCAGUCCCUGGUCAUAUUGAUGGCAUUCGUUGCAGACCAGGAUAUUUUGGAACACAUUGUCAGCCUUGUCAGUGUUCAAUGUAUGGCUCCUACCAAGAAACAUGUCAUCCGACCUCAGGCCAAUGUGAUUGUCGACCUGGUUUCAUAGGCCAGCAGUGUGACAGAUGUAUCUCAACAAGAAGUACUUUUCCUCAUUGCCAAGGGGUCAUCGAUGAAUGUGAUCCUGCUGGAACCAGAGAUUCUUAUUCUGGCUAUUGUCAGUGCCUACAAAAUGUAGAAGGUCCAACCUGUAGCAUCUGUAAACCACUUUAUUGGAACCUGGCCAGUGCUAAUCCUUAUGGAUGUAUAGACUGCCAGUGUGAUAUUGCUGGAGUACUAAGUGGUAUUAGAGAAUGUCAGCAGUUGGGUGGUGAAUGCUACUGCAAACCUAAUGUUUGUGGAGGUCCUUGUGAUACUUGUGAAGCUGGUUAUUAUGGCCUGGAAACCAAAAAUUAUUUUGGAUGUCAAGGAUGCAAAUGUGAUGUGGGAGGGUCUGUAAGUCAUGUCUGCAAUGACCUGACAGGUGACUGCCAGUGCAGAAGGCACAUAAUUGGGAAAACAUGUAUGGAGCCUGAAAAGAAUUAUUAUCUACCUGAUUUACAUCACAUGAAGUUUGAAAUUGAGGAUGGUACAUCUCCUAAUGGAAGAGGAGUCCGGUUUGGUUAUAAUCCUCAAGAAUUUCCUGGCUUCAGUUGGAGAGGUUAUGUGCAGAUGUCUUCAAUACAGCCAGAGGUGGUAGUUCCUGUCACUGUGGCUUCUCCUAAGCUCUUCCAUCUAGUACUGCACUAUGUCAGCUUGGUUUCAAAACACUCUAAAGGGAAGAUCUCAAUUGCUGAGGGAAAGCAUUUUGACCCUAAUAACACUUGGAUGGAUCAGAGCAAAGAGAUCUUCUUCCCACUCAGUAGAGAGCCAGCUUUUGUAACUGUUCCAGGAAAAGGUUUUGCAGAUUCAUUUUUAUUGGGACCUGGAACUUGGAUGUUUAAAAUCAAGGUAGAGGGCGUCCUUCUGGAUUAUCUAGUCCUCUUACCGAGUGACUACUAUGAAGCAUCCAUCUUGCAAUUUCCAGUUGUACAGCCUUGCACAUAUUCGGGAUAUGUCACAACAGAUAAUUGUUUGCAGUAUGAAUACUUGCCAGUGGACAAAUAUCGCUGUGUUUUUGGUACAGAGGUAGCAUUUUUCUUGCGUGGGGGAGAAUACCAAAAAACAACUUUCCAACAGCCAACAGUCAAACAUCCAGUGAUGUCUCAUAUUAGUGGUCAGGAGGUGAAUCUACAGAUCAAACUGAAGGUUCCCCAAGUUGGCCGCUAUGUAAUCAUCUUUGAGUAUGUCACAGAUCAUGAUCUAAUGUAUGUCAGUAAUAUAAAGACUGAAAGUCUUGGACAAGUGAUGGAGGCUAAAAUUAAUAUAUACAGCUGCAAAUAUAGCUUCCUGUGUCGCAGUGUUGUGAUCGAUGGUAUGGCUCGAAUUGCAGUUUUUGACCUUUUGGCUGAUACAACAUUACAUCUCAAAUCAUCAGCUAUAGAUUUUCUACUGCAUAAAAUUUGCAUUAUUCCAAUUGAGGAUUUUUCUCUGGACUACGUGGAACCUCAAGUUUAUUGCAUUGCAACAUAUAUCCACGGUUCAAGUGCCUCCUGUAUACCAUUGCAAUAUGAAAAGCCCCUUGAAGCUGUAGUUUUGGAUGCUCACAGGAACAGCGAAUUUGUAGAAGGGUCAAGAUAUGUGGUCUCCUGGGACUCAUUGAGUUCUCCUUUAUCAUCUCUUUACUCAGCCAAUGGUGUGACUCUGUCUUCCUCACAGAACCAAAUUACCCUGAAUGGGAGAGUUCCACAUAUAGGCCGAUAUGUGUUUAUCAUACAUUUUUACCAGCCAGAAAAUCCAACAUUUCCAGUGCAAGUAUUAGUGGAUGGAGGACAAUUCUGGUCAGGUUCUUACAAUGCUUCAUUUUGUCCACAUACUUCCGGAUGUCGAAGUCUGGUAAUGUCUGAAAAUCAUAUUGAAUUUGAUAUUCUUAAACAUGACAUCUCAGUCACUAUGAAAAUUCCCAAUGAAAGAACAAUGGUAUUGGAACAUGUCCUGGUUGUUCCAGCACAUAACUACAGCUACACACUUCUUCAUAAAGACAGUGUGAUUCGUUCAACAGAUUUCAUCAGCCAGUGUGGUAGAAACAGUUUUCACAUUGUUCCUGGCAAUUCCUCAGAAUUUUGUCGAAAUUCAGCUCGAUCACUCGUGGCUGCUUUUAAUGACGGGGCACUGCCAUGCAAUUGUCACAGAAAGGGUGCUACCAGUGCUACUUGCAACCCUGAUGGCGGACAGUGUAACUGCAGACCACAUAUCAUCGGUCGCCAAUGUACCAGGUGUCAGACAGGUUACUAUGGAUUUCCAUUCUGCAAACCUUGCAGCUGUGGAAGGCAUCUUUGUGAUGAUAUCACUGGGAAAUGUAUUUGUCCACCACAAACUGUUAAGCCUAGAUGUGAAGUGUGUGUGAGGUUGCACUUUGGAUACCAUCCACUUACCGGCUGUGAAAAGUGCAAUUGCUCAAGCAAAGGAGUUAUCAGUACUAUGAAUUCUGAAUGUAAUAAAAUUGAUGGACAGUGCAGAUGUCGCUCAGGAAUAGCAGGGCGGCAGUGUGAUCGUUGUGCUCCUGGUUCUUAUGGUUUUCCCAACUGUAAACCUUGUAAAUGUAACAGAGGAGGAACAGAACCAGACAUCUGCAAUCCACGAACAGGAAUUUGCCUCUGUAAGGAGAAUGUUGAAGGGGUGCAAUGUGACAUGUGCCGUUCAGGAUCGUUUUAUCUGGACUCUGCUAAUCCCAAAGGUUGUACUACUUGCUUUUGUUUUGGAGCCACCAAUACUUGCCACAGUACAAAUAGACGUAGAGACAAGUUCACCGACAUGAGAAACUGGCAUCUGGAAGCAGUGGGUAAUGCCAUGAGUAUUCCUACAACUUUCAAUCCUAUUAGCAACAGUGUUGUUGCUGAUGUCCAAGAAUUACCUCCCCUUCUGCACAAUUUAUAUUGGGUGGCACCCUCAUCUUACUUGGGGAAUAAGCUUUCUUCAUAUGGAGGAUAUUUAAGCUAUCAGUUGAAAUCCUUUGGUUUACCUAGUGAAGGCAUGGCUCUCCUGGAAAAAAGACCAGAUGUACAGCUAAUUGGAUGGGAGAUGAAAAUAUCCUAUAUAGAUCCUAAUAAUCCUUUGCCAGACAAACUGUAUUAUGGAUCAGUCCAGUUAGUUGAGGGGAACUUCAGGCACACCAGCAGCAAUAACUUAGUAUCUCGAGAGGAGCUGAUGAUGGUCCUGUCUAGACUAGACAGAUUGCAAAUCAGAGGACUUUACUUCACAGAAACUCAGCGGUUAACCUUGGGCGAUGUUGGUCUGGAAGAAGCCACCAAUACAGGAAAUGGUAAUAUCGCUUAUGCUGUAGAGGCGUGUUCCUGCCCUCCUGAAUAUAUGGGUGAUUCAUGUCAGGAAUGCAGUCCAGGAUUCUAUCCUGAAAGUGUGGGUCCAUUUACAGGAAGGUGUGUUCCGUGCAAUUGUAAUGGAAAUUCAGAUAGAUGCCUGGAUGGUUCUGGAAUUUGUAUUAACUGUCAACAUAAUACUGCUGGAGAAAAGUGUGAGCGUUGUAAAGAAGGAUACUUUCAAGAUGCCAGUCAAGGACUUUGUAAGGAAUGUCACUGCCCUUACACAAACAGUUUUGCUUCUGGCUGUCUGGAAGAUAAUGGAGAAAUUCAAUGUUUUUGCAAAGAAGGCUAUUCUGGAAAGCAGUGUGAAAGCUGUGCUCCUGGUUAUUUUGGAAAUCCACUGAAACACAGAUACUGUCAAAAAUGUAAUUGCCUGGAGAAUGGCCAGCUCACAAAAUGUGAUCGCUUGACUGGGGAAUGCAUAAGCCAAGAACCAAAAGACAUAGAUCCAAAUGAAGAUUGUAAUUCUUGUGGGAGUUGUGUAAUCACAUUGCUGGAAGAUUUGAGUACAAUGGGAAGUGAGCUCCGAGUGAUUGAAUUUCAAAUGCAAAGUAUCAACACAAGUGCCCAACUGCUGGGCCAGAUGAAGCACCUGGAAGUCCGUAGCAAGCAACUGGAGAGUCUGUUGAAUCAUUCUCGUUCUGUUAUUAAAACUCAGAAUUCAAAGGUAGAUGAACUGGAGACAGGUUUGUCUCAGCUUAAUCAAAAUAUGAAUGCUCUGAAAGAAAAGGCUGAAGGUAAUUACAAGAAAGCACAGACUCUUUUAAAUAAUUUUAGUAAAACUAAUCAAAGAGGAAGAACUUUAAUUUCAAAGAUCCAAUCUAUUCUCAUCCAUAUUAAUGUUCUCUUGGGACAGAUAGACGGCACUUCUACAGAUGGAACCUCUUUGCCUACAGAACACUCUGCAAAAGAACUGAUGCAAGCUCAGCAAAUGAUCAAUGAAAUGAGAAACCGCAAUUUUGGCCAACAGCUAACAGAAGCAGAAAAGGAAAAAGGAAAAGCCCAACGCUUACUAAAUCGAAUAAGGAAUGAACUAGAAAAGCGUAAAACAAACAACCAAGGGCUCAUUAAAAGUGUGAGAGAUUCACUAAAUGAAUAUGAAUCCAAGCUCAAUGAUCUUCAUGAAUCUUUGAGAGAGGCAAAGGAACAAACAAAGCUAGCUGAAAACUUAAAUGGAGAAAAUAAACGUCUUUUGGAAGAGAUUAAGAAACAGACAGAAGAGAUGACUAGACAACAGAGUGCGAUAUGGGAUCUUUUGAAUUCUGCUAAAGCAUCAGUGUCUCAAACAAACAGUAUAUUUGAAUUGUUCCAGAAGAGUAAGGAGGAAUAUGAACGCCUAGCUGCCAAUUUGGAUGGAGCAAAGAAAGAUCUGGAUGAAAAACUGAAGAGCCAAUUCUUAUCGUCCAGUAAGGAACCUUUGGUAGUGAAAGCAGAAAUGUAUGCCAACUCUUUACAAGACCUGGCAAGAAAGUUGGAUGAACUCAAGAAGAAUGCUAGCAAGAAUGAGCUAGUGACCUGUACUGUGGGAGAUGCUACCGCUUUUGAGAAUAUUUCUGAUAUUAUUAGAGCAGCAGAAGCAGCAGCCAACAAAGCAUCAAGUGCAGCAGAUUCAGCUUUAUCAAUAGUGGAUGAAAAAAAUCUACCUGGAAUGGCUGAAAGACUGAAAACCAGCAGUGGAAAAGUGUUAAACAAAGCACGAGAAACACAGAAGACACUGCAAGAUCUCAGUCCAGCACUUGAUGAUAUGAGGAACAAGCUUCAGCAAGCAGAACGGAAAAAAACUGCAAUACAGGGAGAUCUUAGUGAGUUCCAAAAUAACCUCCAGGGAAUAAAGAGAGAUAAUACAGAGAGCUUAAUCACAACUGCAAAUACCAUGAUUAAGAACGCUAACAAUAUUACUACAAAUGUACUCAGUGAACUGGACCCAAUUAAAGCUGGAGUUGAGAACAUAAAGAACACCUAUGAAAAUGUACAGAUUACUGAUUUCAACAAGGCUUUGAGAGAAGCAAGCCAUUCAGUAAAUAACUUAACAAGCAUGCUCCCAGAUCUAUUUAACAAGAUUACAAAUAUCAAUCAGCAAGUCAUAUCAACAAGCAAUAUAACUGAGAAUAUAAAUCGCAUCAGGGAGCUCAUCCAGCAAGCCAGAGAUGCUGCAAAUAAGGUGGCCAUCCCUAUGAAAUUCAAUGGCAAAUCGGGAGUUGAAGUUCGACUUCCUGAUAUCCUGGAUGAUCUGAAGGGUUAUACUUCCCUUUCUUUCCUUCUACAAAGACCUAAUAAAAAGGAAUACAUGACACAACCACAAACACGCAACAUGUUUGUCAUGUAUCUGGGUAACAAAGAUAGUUCCAGCAAUUAUAUCGGUAUGGCUAUUCGUGGUGGUCAUCUUAUUUGCGCCUAUAACCUAGGAGGCUCCGAAAAUGAAAUACGAGUAACGGAAAAAUUGUAUGAGAAAACCACUAGGGACAUAGCUUUGGAUCAAGUCACAUUUAAGAGAAUUUACCAGUAUGCAGAAUUAGCAUACAAGCAUGCUGCACCCUCAGAUUUGUCAGCCAAAUACGAACCUCAAGAUCCCAGCAGGAAUAGUAACACUCUUCUUAACUUGGAUCCUGACAAAGUGGUCUUCUAUGUGGGAGGAUAUCCACCCGAAUUUACGCCUCCGAGGGUACUGGACUAUCCACAUUAUGAAGGCUGCAUUGAAUUAGAUAGCUUAAAUGACAGAGUUUUCAGUCUGUACAAUUUCAAGAAGACUUUUAAUCUUAAUACUACUGCAGUGCAACCAUGCAGGAGAUACAGAGAACAAUCUGCUGAAUUUUACUUUGAAGGCAUAGGUUAUGCAUAUAUCAAAGCUUCUUCAGACACAGAAGUCAUAAGAUAUGAACAAAUCAUUCAAACUACUUCAGAUGUCGGGUUGGUGUUCUUUGCAGAAAAUCAGGACAAAUUUAUUAGUUUGCGAAUUGAAAAUGGCCGCCCAAUAUUCACAUACAAAGUUGAUUCACAACCUCCGAGAGAAAUAUCAAAUGGAACCAUGAGCAAUGUAACAGAAAAACUGGUUAUUUUACACAUUUCUCCCAAACGAUAUAUUUUUGGGGUUGACAAACUUAGAUUAUAUGCCAUCGUGAAUACAUUUAAUUUUGAUUCAUAUUACUUGGGAGGAAUUCCAACCUCUCUAAGAGAACGGUUUAAUAUAUCCACACCACCAUUUCGUGGGUGCAUGAUGAAUAUUAAAACCACAUUUGAAAGUUCUAUAAGCCUCUCUGAAAGUUUUGGUGUCAGCAGAAAAUGCCCGGAUGACUGGAAGCUGGUGAGAACUGCAAACUUUUUCAAGAAUGGAGUUCUUGACUUAAGUGAUAAAGAUUUUCCAUUCCCUGAUAAUUUCCAAGUUGGAUUUGGUUUUAAGACAUUGGCAGUUAAUGGAAUGCUAUUAAGUUAUAAUAUACGGCUUGCCGAUUUUACCAUUUUCCUAAGAAAUGGCUAUGUAAUUGUAAGCCUGGCUGAUGAAGAAAUCCAAUCUAGCAAAAAAUGUGAAACUGGUUCAAUGCAUUACAUAACAGUGCUAAAAGAAGAUGAUACGCUGAAGUUAUUAGUUGAUGAUACAUCUAACUCAAAAACAGUUGUAACUCCUGAAAGGAAAACAAUGAAUCGACCAAUAAAACUGGGUGGGAAUGACUUUGAAGGGUGUAUGUCCAAUGUCUUUAUAGAAAGUUCACAGCUACCUGCUCAAGUUCAAAAUUUAACCGAUUCUGUUAGGAGAGAUGUGUCUAUAGGGUUCUGUAUGAUUCCAGAACGACAAAAGCCAAUGCUUUUGAAAGAAUUACCAGAUGUACACCAGCCAAAGACUUCAAAGAAGAGGAAAACUAUUGCCUAUUUGACAGAUUCAAAUAGACAGCAGAACAAGAAUGACUGUCUUUUCCGUGCUGAGUUAAAUGUUGUCCCUGAAGCCUACCACUUUGGCAAUAAUCCAGGAACUUAUUUGUUGUUUUCAGCAUCCCAAACUUCAACAGACAGAUCCCAUUUUGCUGUUGAUGUCCGUACAUCAUCGUCUAGGGGAAUGGUCUUCUUCAUGGGAGAUCAGAUGGGGAACAGAUAUGUUGCUCUUUACCUUUCAAAAGGACGGUAUGUCCUUGCAGUUGCCUAUGAUGGAAAAAAGAUAAAAAUCAAGAGCAAAGCCAAAUACAGUGAUGGACAGUGGCAUAUGGUGACAUUCAGCAUCAGUGAAAAGAAAAUACGUCUUAUAAUUGAUGGUUUGAAGACUCACGAAGGAAACCUUCCAUCUUCUUAUCCUUAUUCCCAGAUAAAUGCAUCAAUAUAUCUAGGAGCUGUUCCAUCAUUAAACAUUAAGAAUAUUCCAGGGAAGAGUUUUGUGGGCUGCUUGAGAAACUUUCAAGUUGGGAGAAAACACAUGUAUACUUACCAGCAAAACAAUGGUGUCCUGCCUUGCUUGGACAAUAUUUUGGAGAAUGGUGUUUCAUUUUUCAAUGAAGGAGGAUAUAUUGUGAUUGAAAACACCUUUUUAAUAAACAUAGAAUAUAGGAUUGCAUUUAGCAUCCGCCCAAGAAGUUUCACUGGCAUUUUAAUUCAUGCUGGCAGCAAUCAAGAAAACUAUUUCACUCUUUACAUGGAAGGAGGCACGCUCACUGCCUCUGGAAAUAAUGGUGCGGGUGAAUUUUCUCUGUCAGUCACACCUCAGCAGUCUCUGUGCGAUGGACAGUGGCACUCUGUAGCAGUGGCUCAGAAGCAGAAUAUUAUCUAUUUAUAUGUAGACACAAAAGGAAAUUAUACUGCUGCACUAUCACCUAAACUUUCUACCAGCCAUGCUCAGCCACUCUAUUUUGGAAGAGUUCCAGUUAAUUUGGAAACACCAUGGCUUCCAAUUCAGGAUGUGUUCCUUGGAUGUUUAAAGAAUAUGAAAAUUAAUGAAAAAUCUAUCUUACUAAACAAAAUGUCAAACAUUCAUGGUGUUGUCAGCCUGGAAGGGUGUCCUGUCUAUUAACUAUUCCAUAUAUAUCUUCUGAGGGGAAAAAAAUCAUCUAAUGUGCUUUAUGGAUAGCCACAAUAUGGUUUGAUCUCUUUCUAUGGUCUUUUGCCCUCAUUUCCGUCAUAGUUCAAAAGUAUGUUUUUAUAAUUGUGGUCUGUGUUGCCUUUCUUCGAGGUUUCUUGAAGUUUUUGUUGUCCUAUGUACAAAUUGUCUAUGAUAAAGCCCCUUGAAAUAUAGAAUGACCUUCUAAUAUAAUAUGGUGAUAUUCUGCUUUCAACAACAGCUGAGUAUACUUAGAGAAAUUGCAUUGGCAAAAAUCCUGACUCCUAAGGCUCCUGAAAUGCAAAGAACUCCCAAAAUAAGAAUAGAACCGGACUUCACAAAUAAAAUGUGAAAAAAUAAAAUACAUUGUUGAAUUGCUGAAUUGUUGUUAUGCUGAAAUAUGCAUUGAAUAAUUGAUAAAAAAAAUAGUAUAAAUUGAGUAUGAAGCACUUUAAAAAAUUUGGAUACUGGAGGUGACCAAAUAAAUGCAAUUUUCAUUUUGGAAAAAUUUGGGAAAAAUCAGAAUGUUUAUUGCACUUACAUACUUCCAUUGACUUUAAUCAAAAGGUUUGACUGAAUAAAGACAAUGAAUGUAUAGGGUAAAUUUAUAUAAUUUAGCUUUUUGUAUAAUAGCAAUAACAGAACAUAUGUUGCUUGUGUUAAGAAAAUGAAGGUGGUUUAAUCCUUUGGGAGUCUCAGCUUGAAGUUGGAAGAUCUGCAAUAUAAUUUUAUGAUUUGGCUGAAUGAUUUAUAAAUAUCCUAGAUUGUGAUUGUAUGCAGGGUUUCUUUGAUUUAUACAUUACACUGACCACUUAAGAAAUUAAGAAGUACUUGUUAGGAAUAACCAACUGAAGCAUGCCAUCACCAUAAAGCCAAUUCUAUUUUUAAAAUUGUUCAUUAUGGUAAACUCAAAGUAAAAAAUAUUAGCUGUGUAAUCCUGUGGUGCUUCCAUUCUUGAAAGCCCAUUUACACCAUUGCAUCAUCAGCAAAGUAUAUUUGGCAUCCUAAUGCUGAAUAAAAGUUGAAAAGCAGACCUGUUA